AGUCCGUUGAGUGGUUAUCGAGAAAAUUUGACAACCGACUUUGAAAACACGGUUCCGAGAAAAACUCGUUUAAAGUUUUGAGUAACAAUAGUACUUGACUUGGCGCACACUUUCCAAAGGCUGUAACUCCGAAACUAUUAUUCGGAUCGAAAUUUAGGACAAUAUUCUUGAGAUGUUGUAGAAAUUAAUAAGUUAAAAAACAAAAAAUCGAUUUUUUGAAUCCACGAAACCCAUUUAAAACUCUUAAGCACUGAGGAAGUUAAUGCACAGCAUCACAGCAUGUAUACAAUAUAAAUGGAAUCGGCACAUACGAAACGGACAACAAGUAAUACAUAUUAUUUUGUCUUUAAAUAAUUUUUGAACGCAUUUCAUAGUACCCCUUUUCAUGUCAUAUACUUGGAAACUCCGUUUUAUCUUCUAGAGGGCAGUUAUUUUAGUGUAAUGUAUUAUAUUCAUUCAGUUAAGACGAUCUCAAUAUUUAUGAUCAUAAAAUAUGAAUGCAGGGCAUACAUCUACAUAUGCAUUUGCAAUGAGCGUGUAAAUUUUCAAGCUUCACUUCUCUUCACCAACUGUAAAUAAACAAUUGUAAAGUGCAUAUUCAGCAAUGUCAACGGUUGACCUGUGCGAAAUUCGUCUUUUACCUUGAGACAUGCAGAUCAGCAAUUUCAGCCAAUUAUAUAAAGAGAUAUUUAUAUGCUAUAAAUAGUUCACAAAUUUCUGAAUGGUGUAGGCGUAAAGUACUAUACGAAAAAUCACAAUUAACAUAAAAUGUAUAUUUGCACAAUUUUAACGUUGUUAACCGCUUUUAGUGGUGUCGUAUUGACUGGAUCCAUCGUAGAGCAGGAGCGCACUCAAUUACCUUCUUUUGUGAAAAUCUGUCGACGCAGUGACCCAAAUUUAGAUAUGUGUGCGCGUAAUUCCUUGCUCGCUAUGAAGGAUCUACUACAUUAUGGCAUACCGGAGCUGUUUAUACCACCCAUCACGCCAUUGGUGGUGCCCGAAAUUAAAAUGGAUCAAGAUUCGGGCGCCAUUUAUCUGCAUUCCACUUUCAAGAAUAUAACCGUAAACGGUUUGGGCGACUUCACACUGAACGAGCUGCACAUAAAUCCACAGAAAAUGCGUUUGACACUGAUGAUGAGUGUGCCGAAUGUAACAAUGCAUGCAAAGUAUGUGAUGAAGGGCAAAAUUAUGAUGAUGCCACUAAUGGGGGAGGGCGAUUUCAAGGCGAAUUUCUCCAAUGUAGAGUUGAACACGGUGAUUACGGCCGAGCAAUACAACAAAAAUGGCAGUACUUACGCCAAAGUAAAGGAUGUCAAGGUGAAGUAUACACUUGGUAAAGCCGAGUUGCAUUUAAGCAAUCUGUUUAAUGGUGAUCAAGCAUUGGGCGAUCGUAUGAAUACAUUCGUGAAUGAAAAUUGGGACUCACUGUCGAAUGAGCUGCGCCCUUUGAUGGAGACUUCAAUAUCGGAUAUAGUGCGCGCCUCGACGGAGAAGAUAUUCGAUACUUAUAGCUUUGAUGACUUGCUGCCCGAGUAGAUGUGAUGAAGCAUGAAUGCUUUGCAAACUAAUAUUUGCACUGUAAUAAGCUUUGCGAUGAUAGAUAGUGUUAGUUACUACAAAACGAACCGUUUAAGAAUGACUCUUUAAUUUAUAUCUAAAUAAAUACAACUUUAACAAAACUUAUAAAAGCAAUAAAGAACAUUUCAAAUAAUAAGAAAA